AUGAUGGUGGUUGGUGGCCCAGAUCUCUUGUUCUGCCUUCUCCUGCUCCUGGCCCCCAGUAGCCCUGAGGGCGGUCACCCUCAGCGCAGGUUUGAGUAUAAACUCAGCUUCAAAGGACCUAGGAUGGCAAUGCCUGAGGCUGGAAUACCCUUCUGGAGCCAUCACGGAGACGCCAUCCUGGGCCUGGAGGAAGUGCGGCUGGCACCAUCCAUGAGGAACCGGAGAGGCUCUGUGUGGAGCAGGGCCUCUGUCCUCUUCUCUGCCUGGGAGGUGGAGGUGCAGAUGCGGGUGACUGGGCCGGGGCGCCGGGGAGCCCAGGGCAUGGCUGUGUGGUACACCCAGGACAGGGGCCAAGUAGGCUCUGUGCUGGGGGGUCUGGCCUCAUGGGAUGGCAUCGGGAUCUUCUUCAACUCCUCAGCCGAGGACACCCAGAGCAGCCCUGCCAUCCGCGUGCUGGCCAGUGACGGGUACACCCGCUAUGAGCAGCUUGGGGACAGAGCCAGCUGGGAGCUGGGCUCCUGUCAUCGGGACUUCCGGAAUCGGCCAUACCCCUUCAGAGCACGGAUCACCUACUGGGGACAGAGGCUGCGAGUGUCCUUGAAUAGCGGCCUCAUUCCGGGUGACCGAGAUGAUGUCUGUGUGGAUGUGGGGCCUGUGCUUUUGGCCCCUGGAGGUUUCUUUGGGGUCUCAGCAGCCACCAGCAUCCUGGCAGAUGACCAUGAUGUCCUGUCCUUCCUGACCUUCAGUCUGAGUGAGCCAGGUCCAGAGGUUCCCCCUCAGCCCUUCCUGCAGAUGGAGCAGCUCCGCCUGGCAAGGCAGCUGGAAAGGCUGCAGGCAAGGCUGCCCCUGGGCACUAGGCAGGACAUAAUUCCAAAGCCAAAGUCUGAAGCCCAGGAAGAGGGUAGGGACUCAGGGAGGGGCCUUGACCUGGAGGAGAUGCUGGGCAGACACAGUCAGAUCCUGCAGGCUCUCCAGGGUCUCUCCAAGCAGCUGGCCCAGGCCGAGAGGCAAUGGGAGGAGCAGCUGGGGUCCCUAGGCCAGGCCAGGCCUGAAGGAAGCUGGGACUCUGCCAAGGUCAGUGCCCUGCUCUGUGGACAGCGGACUCUGCUCCAGACUCUGCAGGAGAUGAGGGAUGCAGCUGCCCACAUGGCCUCAGGAGCGCAGCUCUUCUACCUGCCUGUGGGCACCCAGCAUCAUUUCUUAGAGCUGGACCAGAUCCUGAGCCUCCUACAGAAGGACCUGCGGGGCCUGGUGAAAGCAGCAGCCAAGGCACCCCGCCCAUCUGGCCGGUCCCUAGGGGCCUUGUCGUGCCUGCACCCCGGGAUCUUUCUGUUCUUCCUCCUCAUCCAGACUGUAGGCUUCUUCUGCUACCUGCACUUCAGGAGGCAGGAGCUGGACAAAAGCCCUCACGACUGUUUGUCCAUAGGCAGCCUUCCUCUGGGUCCUGCACCACACAUCCCUGGGGCCCUGGGGGCUGUGAGGAGGCAGCCCCUCUCCCCCAGCAUGCAUGCCUGA